GUGAGGGCUGUUGUGUGUCACGUGAUAUUGUUUUUCCUUAUUCGCAGCGGUUUUUGUGGACGAAGUGGAAAUGGCGAGAAAUGAGGAAAAACAGCAGGGCAGACUGAACAGACUGUGGCUCCAGAAAGAGAGAGAGGAGGGACGCCUCAGAGAUAUUCACGAGCGUCGACCAAAGCUGUCUACUCUUAAUUCAGCAGCUGCUGUGAAAAAGUGGAUCCCCAGCAUCAAGAAUGAAAUUGAGUAUUAUCUACAGCAAUCACAACUUUCUCAUUACCCGGAGAGGAAGAUAGGAGAGUUUCAGCUGCACAUUGAGGCCUUAGAGAAAGAGUACAAACGCUUCAUUGCCAAACUACGAGUUCUUGAUCCAUCGUGUAAACACAAGCCAUGGACUCCUCGAGCUUAUUGCAAACGAAGAGCAGAUAUGCAAGAUUCUCCAGGAAUUGUUAAAAACCCUCGGACCUGUGACUCACAAAACGAUGGCAGUCAGCAAAAUGAAAGUGGCUUUAUUAGCAGAAUGGCAGGAUGUUUUGCACCCACUAAGCUGGUCUCUGAAACCUCAAAGGCCAUGUGCGCAGUUCAGGACCAGCCGCUUUCUUUUGAUCAAACUCGGCUGGCAGUGGCUGCUGCUUCAUUCAGAGGAACACCAGUUCAGCCUAGUUCCUCUCAAACGCAGAGUCUUGCCAGGAUCCUGCAGUGUGGCUUGCCAAAUCUUAAUAAUUCCCUAUCAAGACAAAUAUAUUCAGAGAAAAGCAAAGAUGGGGUAUCAGAGACUGUUGGGCAGAAAGCUGCCUUCCAAGAGAAUAACUCAAACUGUGGAGCAGCAGGGAGGAUACCUGGGAAGUCAUCCAACAUUGAGACAAUGGAGGAAAGGACUGGUCAUGUCUUGGGACUAGACUGUUAUUCUUCUUCUGAUGAUGACUCUGACACAUAACUUGUUUUUUAUAUUACAUAUUUUAUAAUACAAUGGUUUAUUGAAAACUC